GGAAAACGAAACUGAACUUGAUAAAGUCCUGUUGUUCGUGCAGUGGGCGUUAGGGCUAAUGUCUGUGAAAACUAAAAAUGCGAUAGAAUAAGAUACAAGUCGAUUUUCCUUGAGUCCUGUCGAAUUACUAGUUGAUUAUGGAAAAUGAAAAUUGGAUAGUUAAGCUGAACGAACGUGUUCAGAGGACAGGCUUGGAACUGAAAUAUGAGGACCUCGGAGAUUCUGGACCGGACCACAUUAAAACAUUUAGAGUAAGAGCAGUACUGAAUGGCAAGGAGUGUCCACCUGGUACAGGGCACAACAAAAAGAAGGCCAAGCAGAAUGCAGCCAAAUAUGCAUUGGAUAUGAUAGAAGAGUCAGCUGACCUUCAGACAGAGAAUGUAGAAGAGGCUUCACCUGCUGCAGUUCAACAGACAAACAUCCAGAGCUACAUUAGUUGGCUCAAUGAAUAUGGUAGCAAGAACAAGUUGUUAAUUAUACCCAAUGAGUCCAUCCAUCUGGAACCAAACUUUCCACCUCUAUGCUGCUACUUUUGUGUGGGUGAGAAUAAGUUCCCAGCUGGCUAUGGGAAAACCAAGAAGGAAGCAAAAGAGGCAGCAGCAAAGCUUGUGUAUAACGACAUAAUGGGCAAUAUAAGCACAGAGUUGAAUUACGUCCCUUUUUUGUUCUUUAAGACUAGAGAUGAGAAAUAUGGAAGCACACCAAGUCGACAGAAAGAGGAGUCUAAACAACAUGUGUCAGAAAGCUGCAAUAGGACAAUAAGUCCAGGUGUAAAUAAAGACAGUGAAAAUUUUGUUGGACUAAUUAACCAAUACUGCCAACAUAGGAAGUUGUCCCAUGAUUUUGUUUUAGAGAGCAAAAUUGGUGAAUCCCACAAUCCACAAUUUUCCUUCAAAUUACUUAUAAACAACAAGGAAUAUGGUCUGGGUCAGGGUCAGAACAAAACCAAAGCCAGACAAAAUGCAGCACGGCAGGCCUGGGCUGUGAUACAGUCAAACUUUGACUCUAAGGUAAAUUCUUUGCCAGGGUCUGAGGAUAUUGAACCAACCACCUUGGCAACCAGACCAUAUAAACAAGAGACUCCUGAUACAGACUCAGAAAACAGGCCAUCGAGUAAAGGGGACUCAGCCAUGUACACUGACUCUCAGAGCUCUGCUAAGUAUCGCGAUCAGAGUCCUGGCGUGAGGCAAAAAAUAAAACUUGCACCAACUUUCCAGAAUGUCGCAGACAGAAGCAAAGAGCAACCACUAACUUUUAUGAAACCCAAACUAAAUCCGAGUGAAGGAGAAUCAUACUCACGGUUUACUUCAGAAUUUGACUGCAUGGAGUGUCUUGGCCAUGGAACCUUUGGACAUGUCUACAAGGCAAAAAAUAAACUUUUGGGGAAGUACUUUGCUGUAAAGAUUCUUCAGUACCAAGAAAAAACUAAAAGAGAGGCCCUGGCGUUGUCAGACCUCCAUCACCCAAACAUUGUUAGAUACUACACCUGCUGGAUAGGGGAUUCAUGUUAUCAGAAAGACUGUACAGCCGUCAAACACCAAACAGGGUCAGCUACCAAGUACCUUUACAUCCAGAUGGAGUUGUGUGACAGCAAAACACUGAGAGAGUGGAUAAAGGAGAAAAAUGCCGAGAACGCCAACACAUCUUCACUAGAUUCAAAGAACAGAGAAGAGAGAUUAACCAUUGCUUUGCAACUAGCCAGCGGAGUGGAGUGCAUCCACUCCAAAAACUUCAUCCACAGAGAUUUGAAGCCUCCUAACAUCAUGUUUGGACAGGAUAAAAAUGUAAAGAUCGGGGACUUUGGUCUGGUCACUGAUGAGAAUCACGAUCCUGAAAACCUGAUUGAUAGAACAGCCUACAAAGGAACACCGCCUUACAUGGCUCCUGAGCAGAAAAGCAGAAAAACCUAUGACAGAAAAGUGGACAUAUUUGCUUUGGGGUUGAUCUAUUUGGAGCUUCUCUGGAACAUAACCCAUGAGAGUUUACAGAUUUGGGAGAACGUAAGAAACCAGAUUUUUCCUGAAGAAUUUUGCCACGAGUUUCCCCAGGAGGUAUGAACAUUUGUCUCUGAUUUUUUAUCUGCUUUACUUCGGGCCUUGUCAUGAGUUAUAUUGUAUAUAUACAUGUACAGUAUGUUUGUAUGUCUCAUAUCAUAAAGAUAUCAUGCAGGUUAUGUGUUGAUUUUGGGGCACAUUCAAUGAGAUAAAUAAGAUUUUCUUUGUUGUCUCAAAAAAUAACCCCAGGACAUAAUGUAGCUUCUCUCAAAUAAUGAGUGUAAUUUAGUUUAAACUGUGCAUAGCUGUUGUGGAGAUUUGGAUAUUUCAACAUCUUUUAAUUAUCUUUUCCA